UGUUCGUUGAGUGAGAUUGUGUUGCUGCGCUGUCUGUAGUUCUUCUUUUCCCUUAACAAAAAAAAAGUAUUUUUGCAGAAAAUUGCUACACUUGAGAAGUAAUAUAAAACAGUGUUAUAGACAUUUGAUUAAAAUAAUAUAAAGCGUGAUUAAAAAAAUAAGCAAAAGUGUUUGAAUAUAAAUAAAAUGGCUUUUCGUAAUCAAAACCGUAACCGUAGUUUCGGCAAUAACUAUGGUGGGCCAAUGGGCAAUACUAAUCGUGGCGGCAUGGGUGGCAAUAUGAAUAUGUCACCAUGGGAAGGUCAAAAUCCUGGAGCGAAUUUUGGAGGAGCUAACAUGAGACAAGGCGGUGGUGGUCAAAUGAAUGCCCAAGCUAUUAAUUUGGCUAAUAAUCUGCUGAAUAAUUUAUUCCGCAAUCAAAAUCCGCCCUCGUUGUUAGAUUUGCCACGCGGCGGUAACAUGGGAAACCGUGGUCAACGCGGCGGUCCGAUGGUCAAUCGUGGUGGUGGUCCUGGCAAUCGCCUUAACAAUCGUCGCGCACAAGGAAGCUUCAAUUCAAAUCGUGCUGGUGGGGGGGCUAAAUCAGCCCAAAAAUCGGGCGCUGGUGGCGGCAUUCGCAAACAGAAUGCCUUCGAUCGUGCUAAAAAGCUUUUGGCUAAAAAUGCCAACAAUAGUAAAAAGAAGGAUUCCGCUUCUGGCGAUAAGAAAGCUGAGAGCAAGGAGUCUCCUUACGCCAAUGUACCGAACGAUAUGUUCUAUUGCCAUCUGUGUAAGAAACAUAUGUGGGAUGCAAAUUCUUUCGAAAACCAUAUCAAAGGUCGUACGCAUCUGAUGAUGCGUGAGGGUAUCGAGGAAAGUUACCGCUUAAAGGCAAAUAUGAUACGGCAGGAGGCUAAAAUUGCCGAACAAUUGAAAUCGAUUGAAUUAGAUCGCUUGAAGCGCAUGGGCAAAAGCAAGCAACGGCAAUUGGAUUAUUGCACCAUGUGCGAUUUGAACUUUCACGGUCAUAUUUCGGCUCAUCGAAAGUCGGAGGGUCACUUGCAGUUAAAGAAAUUUUUGCAUCCUAAAUGUAUUGAGUGCAAUAAGGAAUUCGCUACACGUAUCGAUUACGAUUCGCAUUUGUUAUCGGCCGAACAUUUGAGAAAGGCAGCUGAAAAGAAUACCAAGGUUGGCGAACGUAAACGCCAGACUUUACCAAUUCUAACUGAAGAGGAGGAAUUGAAAGAUGUACGCCCUCCCCAAAAGAGGAGAAAGCGGAUUCCUAUUAAAAAGGAAGGUGAUGGUACUGAUGUUAAGAAAGAGGGCGAGGAGGGCGCCGAAGGUGAAGAUGCCGAGGUCGAGGUAAAGAAGGAAAAUGACGAAGAUGUUGAUGAAACUAAAGAAGGUGAUGAUUUGAAUGAAACUCAAGAGGAAGAGGAGGAAGUAGCUUUGCCUGUGGACCCCGACGAUUGCAUUCUUGAUUAUAAAGAGGGCGACGAAAUACCGACUGAAGUUGAUAAUCGCUUGCCGAAAUAUAACUGGAGCCGCCCAGUUGGAGUCAAUCUUAUUACGAAACUUGAGUGCUACGAAUGCUCUUUGUGCGGCAAGUUCUUUGAUACUGAAAAGACUGUAGAAGUCCAUUCACGCACUGUUACUCAUCAUCGCAACUUUUUGAAAUUCAUUAAUGAAAAAGCAAGCGACACUAAGAUUGCUCAGAAGCGCGCAGCUGCUGCUAUCGAAGAAAACGAACGCAAGAAGCGCAAGUUGGAAGAAGCUGAGGCUGCAAAUGGUGACGGCGAUAAUGUUGAUGGCGAAGGCGAAGGUGAGGUUGAAGGUGAUGGAGAGGGUGAAGGAGAGGAAGGUGGCGAAGGCGAAUUAUAUGAUCCAUCCGAGGCUACCGGCGAUGAUGAGGAUGUUGAAAUGGUUGAAAAUGGCGAAGGUGCUGAAGGUGACGAGAUUGUUGAUGCGGAAGAAAAUGGCGAAGAGAUGGAAGCUCAAGAAGAAGAACAGGAGCAAGAGGUUGAACCUGAGCCAGAACCCCAAAAGGAACCAGAGCCAGAACCACAGCCUGAACCGGAACCAGAACCAGUUAAGGAACCACCAAAGCCGGAACCGGUUAAAACGCCAGUUAAAGUGGCUGCAGCUGCUGCACCAGCAUCAGUUACACCAGCUACUGAUAAUUCGGCAACGAAGAAACCAGCACCUGCCAACACGCGUGCUGGCAAUGUCAAGGGCACGCCGCGAAAUCGUGGACGUGGUCGUUAUAAUCGUUAUUAAAUACUUGAUAUAUGCGUCCCGUCAACAUCAAUCAUCAAUUAAAAUGAAACAUUCAUUAAAAUACAAUUUUAUAAUUUCUUUCUCUUUAAUUUUUUUCUUGGUUUUUUUUUUUUUUUUUUUUUUUUUAUUAAAGGAACGUAAUUACCUAAACAGACAUAAAAGCACACCUUACUACAUACUACAUACACACACAUACAUAAUCAUAUAGUAAACAUAAUAUUGUAUUCCUUUCAUUCGUUCAUUCAUUCGUUUAUUCAUUUUUAAAACUCAUCAUCCAUUCCUUGCCCCCUUAUAUAUGCAUAUCUAGAAUGCAGCAUAACAUUUUUUAAGUAAACAAAAUUACAACAACAAUUUAAAAGAGUACGAGCAGCGAAGCAUAAUGCGCUAUUUGAAAUUGGAUCAUGGACUAUGACAGUAAGUCUUUGGGCAUUUUGUAUACAUACAGUAUGUACAUUACACACAUAUAUACAUAUAUAUGUAUAUACAGCAUGCAUCCACAAGCAUGCAUAUAUAUAUAUAUAUAUAUAUAUAUCAUACAAAGCAUAUUUAAUUACUUCACAUUAAUGGAUAAUUUAUAAAACAAAAAAAAAAAAAAAAAAAAA